GGCGCUUAUCCUCAGCUCCAGUGGGUGGGGCGGUGAGUUGGGACCCCAGCGUCAAGAGCAUGCCCCGGUGAGCGCGCUGGGGGCGCCUGCCGGUUUGGGGGUGUCUCCUCCCGGGGCGCCAUGGCGGCGCUGGCCAGUAGCCUGAUCCGGCAGAAGCGGGAGGUCCGCGAGCCCGGGGGCAGCCGGCCGGUGUCGGCGCAGCGGCGCGUGUGUCCCCGCGGCACCAAGUCCCUUUGCCAGAAGCAGCUCGUCAUCCUUCUGUCCAAGGUGCGACUGUGCGGGGGGCGGCCCGCGCGGCCGGACCGCGGCCCUGAGCCUCAGCUCAAAGGCAUCGUCACCAAAUUGUUCUGCCGCCAGGGUUUCUACCUCCAGGCGAAUCCUGACGGGACCAUCCAGGGCACCCCAGAGGACACCAGCUCUUUCACCCACUUCAACCUGAUCCCCGUGGGGCUCCGUGUGGUCACCAUCCAGAGUGCCAAGCUGGGUCACUACAUGGCCAUGAACGCCGAGGGGCUGCUCUACAGCUCGCCGCAUUUCACAGCUGAGUGUCGCUUUAAGGAGUGCGUCUUCGAGAAUUACUACGUCCUGUACGCCUCUGCUCUCUAUCGCCAGCGCCGCUCUGGCCGGGCCUGGUACCUGGGCCUGGACAAGGAGGGCCGAGUCAUGAAGGGAAAUCGAGUCAAGAAGACCAAGGCAGCGGCCCACUUUGUGCCCAAGCUCCUGGAAGUGGCCAUGUACCGGGAGCCAUCUCUCCACAGUGUCCCUGAGACCUCCCCUUCCAGUCCCCCUGCCCCCUGAAAUGUAGUCCGUGGACUGGAGGCUCCUGGCCCUUGCACGGAGCCAGCCACAGCCACAGCCUGUCUCCCAGCCCUGCUCCCGGCCCCGCCCCCACCCGUGCCGCCACACUCAUGCCCUGAGCAGCCAGGUCCCACCAGGUGCUCGAUCCUGAGGGAGCCAAGGGGCUGGUUGUGACUCCCCAGGCUUCCCUGCUCCUCGGGCCUGGAAGUUCAGAGAGGGGGAGGCUGACAGUGGUCCUGGCUGAUCCCUUCUUUCCUUCCACACUCACAGCCGCGCAAAGCCUUUUCCCAAGAAGGCGCCCGGGUUCCCAAAAUGACAGAACCAGGACAUAAAUAUUCCCCACCCCGGGGCUCAGCCAGUUCCUGGAGCCCUAUGCCCUUUUCAUUGCCACUGAACCAUAGAUGUAUAGGUCUACUGGAGCUCAGGAUCAGUUUCCUUUUUUCCCUCCUCCACCUUCUGCCUUGUUCUGGACAGGUUCUGGAACACCAGGCACCCUAGCCAGGGCCCUUUUUGCACUCAGGCUCUGGGCUGGAUCCAUCAGGCUUCUGUCCUUGACCCAGAUGGACCCCCUGGUUUCCAGGUAGAGAGGGGCUGGGUAUGAGCCCUGUCCAGCUGCUGGCCUUGGCCUGAACUAGGACCGGUCCCAGAACACCACAGUUUUAACUUUCUUAUCCCAAAGACACCCACUGCUAGAGCAUGGUGUUCUAGACACAUAUGGAGCCAUACUUCCUCCUGAAUCUCGGCUCUAGGACGUAGACCAGGACUCAGCCCUUUCCUCCAGGAUGGAAACGAGGCCUGAAUAGCCAUAGUAAUGCUCAUACAGAGGAAGCUCUAGACCCAUCCUCCUACCUUCUCUAGUAAUGCGUUUCUUGGUGAAUCAAGAAACACUUCUUGUUUUUCCUAGGUUUUCUAAAAAUCUGAUUCUUCCUAUAGAAUGCUAACCUUAUUUAUACAUGCAGUUUCUAGCUCCUGCAACUCAGCUGGGGUCCCGCCGGGGAAACAGAGUCUGAGGAAGGGCAGAGGAGUUUGGGCAGGAAUCCUUGGCUCAUAGUAGGGAGGUUGGGAUGAGCAGGGGGCCACAACCAUGGCUUGUUUCGGCUGUGCUUGGGUUUGGGGGGGGGGGGAACAUGAACACUUAGCUACCUCAGCAGGAAUUCCUCCCAGGUCCCCUUUAAAGCUGAGGUCUUUAGGGUAAUGAGUCUAGAAUAAAAAGGAUAAGAGGAGGGACACAACCUUGAUCCCCCAGUGCAGAGACCCCAGUUCAGCAAUAAGUUCCACCCCACUCCCCUACCAAUCAGGCCAAGGAGGGCGAGGGCCUCUCGGGGCUCUAGACCUCAUAUACCCCCAGAGCUUCUAACUGACUAGAACUUGCUUAACUUACAGCUUAUAACCUCAGCUAAGUUUUAGGUACCCAAAAAGGACCUGACUAGAUUUUCCCAAAAAAGCGUGGAGAGCUUGGGGCAGGCCUGGAAAAGACCAGGAAGCCACCAGUGACUAGGAGGGACACUCUGAGUAGCCUCAGACCUGGGCAGGGUAGAGGAGAGGGCCCUAAAGGGAGGGGCUGGGGCUCAGAGGCUGGUCACUUUUCCUCAGGCUCUAUUUCUGGCUUGUUGCAAGAGGGGUGCAUAUUCCCCUCACCCACACAGACCCCGCUCAGGCUCCACCCGUCUCCUGGCUCUGCUCCCAGGGGACAGGGUCUCCACUCCAUGCUUUCUCAAUUAAAGACGAUUUGUACAACGAU